AUGCAAGUCCACGGCAAUACAUCCUCCCUAACGUCAUCGUCAUCAACUCUCUCCGGCCGCGCUUCUUCUGACACUCCACCAUUAGGCCAACGUACACAGUCACUACUGCAAACACAACUUGAAGAAGAAGAAGAUGAAGCUGAAGAGGUACAGGUAGAAGGGCUAGCAGAAGAAUUAUCGCAGGUUAUACUACCCACAUUUCAAAUGCAUUUUGAGAAAAUUGCUUCAGGGAAUCUGCAGCUUGAGAUGUCUCAGCCAGCACCGCUAACAUCCAGAGGCACUUCCGUUUUUAGCUUCCCCACACUGAGUCCUGUCGAGAUUCCGGAAUCAAACGUGACCGAUUCCGGCUCCAAAUCAUUUGAUUCUAACAAUGUCAUAAAACAGGAUAUUUUGCAAUCAAGAGAAUCAUAUCCUAAAGAGCGUAAACCAGCAAGGCCUCACUGGCGACGGCUUGGUGCUGAGAGGAAAGCGAUCACAUCAAAAGCUCACCUGUUAUCUGCUAUCUCUUCUCCUGUGAAUUCGGCAUCUCUGCCCCUAGAAACCGUUCCACUUAUUCCCACUACUGAGACUCCCAUUGUAGGUGCCGAUUCUCUUAUUUGUAUCCAAACUCGUCAAAAUCGACAGCCAAAGUUUGCCUUGAAGCCGUUCCCUAUGAUCAAAAACUCUUAUCGAGGUCAUCAGAGUCAUGGAGAUUUGUCACUAUCUAGUUUCAACAAAGAGACUGGCUCAAGUAUCAGCCAAACGAAGGUGUGUGAUCCUGGAAUGCGGACUUCGCAUUCCCUGAAUGACGCGAAUAUGACGGAAAACUUAAAAUAAACUGUUACUGUGACCGGCUGUGACUGGCUCGCUCUUGUCAAAUUCACCAUCCUUAAACCGAAGCUUGGCCAAAAGCACAAUUUAUCAGGCCUCCACUCCUGUACUCCACCUUCCGAUACAACAACCCUCACCGACCUGUUUUGUACAUCCUUGUCGGCCACCGAUCCUUCCGAUCGUCAGGCGGAAAGUGUGCUGUUCUUCGGGUGGACCUCUCAUCCACGGUCUUAUCGUAUCACGGCCCUCUGA